AUGGCUCCAAGUUUGCGGGCACUAUCUCGGCAGGAACGUUUCUGCACUGACUCAAUGAAAAAUCUAGUUGAUCAGGUUAGCAAUUACGAUGAGCAAAGUGACAAAAACUUACUGGAAGGUUGGAAACGAAGAGUGGAAGAAAUUUUUGCGCAGUUUCAGUCGGUUCGUUUGCAAAUCGAAUUGGAGGAAGAUGAGAGUAAAUCUAUUGAUACCUCAUACGCGGAUGAAGAAGAAAAUCGCAGGAAACGCGAUGAAUUUGAACGUAACUAUAUGAUGGUGUAUGGGUUCAUUGUUACUGAAAUUCGCAAACAGAACAAUACCGAUUCCGAUGCAAAUAAGGUUAUCAUUUCCAAAACACGUGAUAGCUCCGACCAAAUGUUUUCUCGUAUCAAGUUGCCGGAAGUGAAGCUUCCGUCAUUCGACGGUUCCAUAAACAAUUGGCUCACUUUUCGCGACACUUUCGUGAGCAUGAUAGAUUCGAACUCACAGUUGAAACCUGUAGACAAGUUCACAUACUUACUAUCGUCACUCUCAAAAGAAGCAAAACGAGUGAUCGAGUCAGUAGAAUUGACUGGUGCGAAUUACGCAGUAGCUUGGGAGCUACUAAAUAAACGUUUCGACAACAAAAAACUUGUAGUGAAAAAUUAUAUUGAUUCUCUUCUCUCAAUUGAACCUAUGCGUAGGGAAUGCUAUGAGUCCCUAACACGCAUUAUCGAUGAUUUUGAACGAAAUCUUAGCAUGAUACAGAAGAUGGGAAUACCCACCGAUGGAUGGAGCGUACUUUUAGCACACAUGCUGUGCGCACGCUUAGAAGGAGCCACACUUAAGAUGUGGGAGCAACAUCAUAAAUCUACGGAUGUACCUACUUACGAAGUUCUGAUUGAGUUUUUACGAGGUCACGCAUCAGUACUACAGUCUUUAUCGUCAUCGUACAAAUCUCGUAAUCCCGAAUUCGCUAAAACAGAACCUGUUCGGCCAAUGAAACCGAAAUUAAUUCACGCUGUCACCAGUAACUUAUCGUCCAAAUUAUGCAUAUUCUGCAAGCAAGGUACACAUUCUGCAUUCCACUGCGACGCACUUCGUAAAAUGAACGUUUCUCAACGCUUUGAUGCCGUCAAAAGGAGUUCGCUGUGUAUCAAUUGUCUUUCGCCGAGUCAUCUCGUCAAACAAUGCCCAUCGAGCUCUUGUAGAGUCUGUGGACAAAAGCACCACACUAUGCUACAUCAAAAUGCCACAUUUCGCACACCAGAUCCUUCAAACUCGAAACACAUACCACCAGAAAGCAUACUCGAAUCCAACAGACCUCAACCUUCUCGCAACCCUCUAGCUGCCCAGCCUCUCGCCAACCCUUCAGCUCAGCCCUCUAACAUUGACAUACCUUCAACUUCGACCACCACCAGCUGCAUAUCGACCACUCUGAUAGGAAAUAUUCGAACAGUUCCUUCCACCGUAUUACUGCAAACCGCUGUCGUAAAAGUUUCGAAUCUUAACGGAUACGCCGUUUGGGCAAGAGCAUUGCUUGACCCAGCAUCGCAAAUAAAUUUGAUCACGGAGCAAUUAGCACAAAGACUAACACUACGAAGAUACAAAAACCACCAAGAAAUUGGAGGUGUAGGAAAUUCGCAAAUCAUCUCAUCUCACUCUGUCGUCGCACGAAUUCAUUCUCAUUGUUCGAAUUUUAUCGCUGAUUUCUCGCUACAUGUUUUGCCGGGAAUCACCAGAGAACUCCCGAGCAGGACAAUUCAUACAGAAAAAUGGAAACUUCCCAAAAAUAUCGUACUCGCCGACCCUACAUUCAACGAACCUAGUCUAAUCGACAUGAUUUUAGGAAUGGAGGUUUAUUAUGAUCUGAUUGAAGACGGACUUAUACGACUAGGUCCAGAGCAACCGGUUUUGCAAAAAACUGUCCUAGGAUGGGUGGUGUCGGGAAAAGUAGGACCACCACCACCAUCAACAGCACCCAGUUUUACGCACGUUUGUAAUGUGCAAUCCUUCGAUAACCAACUAGCACGUCUUUUCGAGUUGGAAGCUUGCCAAACUAGCAGCACAUUCUCCGUAGAGGAAACGUAUUGUAAAGCACAUUUUUCCAACACAACUACACGUGAUGCUACCGGACGAUUCAUUGUUCGCCUUCCGAAGCGCUCUGAUAAAAUUUCCACGCUUGGUAGCUCAAAGGAAGUUGCCGCUCGUCGCUUUUUCGCUUUAGAGCGUCGCCUAACCUUAAAUUCCUCGUUGAAAAAAUCCUAUUGCGAAUUUAUUGAGGAAUAUCGCCGACUGGGUCACAUGAAAGAAGCAUCAUCAGACAAACCCAAUAGUAAUUUGCCAACAUACUAUUUACCGCACCAUUGCAUAGUUAAACCCGAAAGUCUUACUACGAAAUUGAGGGUCGUCUUCGAUGCCUCCUGUGCUACUGACACCGGAGUGUCACUAAACGAUGUGCUCAUGGUCGGACCUGUCAUGCAAGACGACUUGAUCGCGAUAAUUUUGCGCUUUCGUAUGUUUCGAUACGCAAUAAUAUCUGAUAUCGAAAAAAUGUUUCGGCAGAUUGUCGUUCAUCCAUCCGACUGCCAACUCCAACAAAUCUUAUGGCGAGACACGCCCACAGAACCACUAAAGACUUACCAGCUUACAACAGUCACUUACGGGACAUCGAGUGCCCCGUACCUAGCAACUAGAUGUUUAAAGGAGUUAGCCAAAAUUGGUGAAAAUGCACAUCCUCUCGCCGCAAGAGUGACAUCCAAUGACUUUUAUAUGGAUGACUUAUUAACCGGAGUUGAUGAUAUCACGACAGGUCAGCAGCUUUGUGCGCAGCUGAUACAAUUACAUCAGUCCGCCGGGUUUUGCUUACGCAAGUGGUCUUCCAACUGUCCCUCAAUCCUCGCACAGAUUCCUCUUGACUUGCGAGACGAGAGAACGCUUUUAGAGUUAGAACCUUCUUCGAAUCCAAUCAAAACACUAGGGCUACAGUGGCAAACGACAACGGAUCAGUUUCUCUUCAAUGUUCCGCGAUGGAACGAUUGUAAGACGUUCACGAAAAGAGUCAUUUUGUCAGAUGCUGCUAAACUCUUUGAUCCACUUGGAUUAGUUGGACCAGCUAUUGUCACAGCUAAGAUUUAUUUGCAACACCUUUGGCGAAACCAAAAAUCUUGGGAUGAACCGCUAGAUCAAGAAUUGUGUGAACGGUGGAUUGAAUUCAGACACAAUCUCGAAUCUCUCAGGCAUAUCGCAGUUCCCCGAUGGGUCAUUCGUAUUGGAAAUCCUAUCAUGAUUGAGAUGCACGGAUUUUGUGAUGCCUCCGAAAAGGCAUACGGCGCGUGUCUCUAUUUACGCGCAGUAGCUAGAAACGGAGAUGUUGCAGUAAACCUUUUUGUAGCAAAAUCUAAGGUCGCUCCUCUGGGCGGCACACGAAAACAGAAAAGAGUUUGCCUGCCUCGACUAGAACUUUCGUCAGCCUUGCUUCUCUCUCACCUAUAUCAAAAGGUUCAAAGCUCCAUCAAGCAUGAGAUGAAAGCAUUUUUCUGGACAGAUUCCACUAUCGUCCUCCACUGGCUAGCCAGCACGCCUUCCCGGUGGAAAACAUUUGUUGCGAACAGGGUCUCGGAGAUCCAACACAUAACAUCGUCUGGAUUGUGGACUCAUGUUCCCGGGACAGAGAACCCUGCGGACAUAAUAUCUCGUGGAAUGGACCCUGCUCAACUCCAGCAUACCAAUCUCUGGUGGAAUGGACCACCUUGGCUGUCUCAAUCGACGAGAUUUUGGCCAGCGUUUCAACGACCUGCCAGAGAAAACAUUCGGCGAGAAGACCUAGAAGAACAGCCGAUCUCGUUAGCCGUACAGCCAAUCCCGCCGAACCAAAUCUUCGCAUUACGGUCAACCUAUAUUGCACUACUUCGUCUAGUGGCAUGGAUUCAUCGAUUCCGUUUCAAUGCUGAUCCUCGUAAUCGUCAUCAGCGCCAACAAGGUCAGUUAGGACCCUCCGAAUUAGAAAGGUCUGUUGAAAUAUUAGUGAGAAUUGCACAACACGAAAUAUUUCGUGAAGAAUUUGCUUGUUUAGAAGGCAACGAACAAGUGAACAGAAGUUCAAAAUUGAAGAAUUUAGUUCCCUUCAUUUCCAACGGAAUACUACGCGUUCGAGGCCGAUUGCGUAACGCUGCAGUUUCGUCGAAUAGAAUGCAUCCAAUGAUUUUACCCCCCAACCACCCACUAACAACAAUGAUAGCUCAAUAUUACCAUGAGAAAAUGCUUCAUGCCGGACCGCAGUUACUCAUCGCCAGCAUACGAGAAAAGUUCUGGCCGUUACGUAUUCGUAAUCUUGCCAGAAGAAUUGUACAUUCGUGCAUAAGCUGUUUUAGAUGUCGCCCGAAACUCCAAGAGCAAAUCAUGGGUGAUUUACCUCCCGAGAGAGUCUCUCCAACAUUGCCUUUCCUUUCCACGGGUGUGGAUCUUUGUGGUCCACUGUAUUAUCGUCAUCCACAGCACCGUUCGAAGACAACAAAAUGUUAUGUCGCAAUUUUUGUCUGUUUAUCCGUAAAAGCGGUUCAUAUCGAACUAGUGGGAGACCUCUCCACCGGUUCGUUCAUCGCAGCGCUCCGGAGAUUUAUUGCACGACGUGGAAAACCACGCCUUAUUGAAUGCGAUAACGCAACAAAUUUUAAGGGUGCUACACGAGAACUAUGGGAACUUGAACAACAGUUUAAUUCGCAGCAAAUGAAGCAGGCUAUCCAACGUUCAUGUGCAGAGGACAGUAUCGAGUUCAAAUUUAUUCCACCUCGUUCACCGAACUUUGGAGGCUUGUGGGAGGCCGCGGUGAAGUCGGUCAAGACCCAUCUUCGUGUCACUCUCGGUAAUUCAUCGCUAACAGCAGAACAGCUAACCACCCUUCUAACCCAGAUAGAAAGCUGCCUGAAUUCGAGGCCGCUCACCCAGCUCUCAGCUGAUCCCGAAGAUCUCGAUGUGUUAACUCCGGGACAUUUUUUAAUCCAUCGCCCACUCACUGCAGUAGCCGAACCGUCACUCGAAAGCAUUCCCUCGAACCGACUCGAUCGCUGGCAGAUCGUACAGGAAUAUUUACGCAGGCUGUGGAAACGGUGGAACACGGAAUACCUCUCCAGCUUGCAGCCUCGUACCAAAUGGACCACUGAAAAGGACAAUAUCCGUAUCGGAACUAUGGUUCUGGUAAAGGAGGACAACCUGCCACCCCUCAAAUGGCGUUACGGAAGAGUGACGCACAUCUUCAACGGACCUGACGGCAAAAUCCGUGUCGUUAUCGUGAAAACAAAGGAUGGAGAAUUCAGGCGCGCAAUAUCCCGGAUCUGCGUGCUCCCGAUACGCGACAACUCACCAUGCUCAACCACAGGACAAUGA